AUGGCCUCCCGUGUCCUUGUCUCUGUCGAGGGCUGCCAGCGCGCCGCUCCUCACUCCUCCGAGUUCCGUCCGACAGAGGCUCCGCUGCAGACUCUCCACAUAGACGUGUGGGGCCCAGUCCGCGUCCGUGGACAGGGUCACGAGCGUUACACCACAGUCUUCCCCUUGCGCCGCAAGGGUGAGGUCACUGAGUUUGCGACACAUCAGAUCAACCUUCAGCCCCGGGUCUCCAAUCCGGAGACCUCCCCUACUCUGCGGUGGACGGGGAAGGUUGGCAAUGCGUCAGCGUUCAGUGUCUGGGGAUCUCGAGCUUUCGUCCGCGACUUGUCUGCGGACAAGCUGUCCUCCCGUGCUGUUCCCUGCGUCUUCCUUGGCUUCCCCCCUGACGCGCCUCGUUGGCAGUUUUACCACCCCACUUCGCACCGUGUUCUGUCCUCUCAAGACGUCACGUUUGACGAGUUGGUUCCUUACUACCGUGUGUCCCAGGUAGACGCAGUCGAGCCUGUCGAGGUAGCUGUUGACUCUGGUGCUGCUAGGGGUGCUGAGCCUGAGCGUGCGGAGCCUGGGUGUACUGGGUCUGGGGGUGCUGAGCCUGGGGGUGCUGGGUCUGAGGAUGCUGAGCCUGGGGUUGCUGAGUCUGGGGGUGCUGAGCCUGAGGGUGCUGGGCCUGCUCGUGUGGAGUCUGGCGGUGCUGGGCCUGGAGCUGGUGGUGCUACCGGUGCUGGAGGUUCUGCUGUUGCUGGAGGUCUUGCUGCUGCUGGGGCUGCUGGGGGUUCUGGAGCCAUGGGUCCCGGAGGUGCUCGUACUGGAGGUACUGGAUCUGUUGGGCCUGGUGGUGCUACUCCUAUUAGAGUUGCUAGCGGUGCUGGAGCUGGCGGUGCUGCUGGAGCAAGUGCUGCUGGGGGUACUGGAGCUGGAGCUGCUGCGUCUUCCGGUGGUCCUGCUGGAGCUGGAGGUGCUGGAGCUGGAGGUGCUGCUGGAGCCGGUGCUCCUGUGGGUGCUGGAGUUGGCGCUACGGGAGCAGCUAGUGGUGCUGCUGGAGCUGGUGGUGCUGCUGGAGUUGGAGCUGACGCUGGGGUGCUGGUGCUGUCCCUGUUGGUUCCGGAGUGUCCCGUUGCGGCUCCUCCUGCGUCCUCUCUUCCUGCUCUUGUUGACUCGGGGUCUGACUCCCUUCGUGCUGCCAGUCCUACUGUCACGCGUCUCCUAGCCACUGUUGUCAGUGACCCUUCCUUUGAGUCCACUGCUGCGUCUACCUUAGUUGCUGAGCUUGUCGACUUCGCUGCUUACUGUCGUUUAGACUACGCCGUUAGUCUUGUUGCUGAGUCUGAGUCUGUCUGUCCUCCGUCCGUCGGGGGUGAGUGUGCUCUUAGCACGUACGUUCUUGAGGACAGGCAGGAGGAGUUCCAGUGUUUUGCGGCUGCUUUACCUCAUCUCGUAUCCAUGCUGCUUGCCCCUGAGGGAGACCCGGAUGUACCAGACAUCCCGACCCCGCGCUCUUACGCAGAGACAAUAGAGGGUCCCUACUCCUCUCAGUGGCAGUCAGCCAUGGACGCCGAGUUGGAUUCCUGGAAGUCCACAGGCACCUACGUCGACGAGGUUCCCCCACCUGGGGCGAACAUCGUCAAUGGCAUGUGGAUUUUCAGGGUGAGGCGGCCGCCGGGUUCUCCGCCUGUCUUCAAGGCGCGUUACGUGGCUCGAGGCUUCAGCCAGCAGCAGGGAGUUGACUACUUUCAGACCUUCUCUCCCACCCCAAAGAUGACCACUCUUCGGGUGUUGCUGUACAUAGCCGCUCAGCGCGACUACGAGCUUCACUCUCUUGACUUCAGCACUGCUUUCCUACAGGGCAGCCUGCACGAGGAGAUCUGGCUGCGCCGCCCACCUGGCUUCACUGGGUCGUUUCCUCCUGGUACCUAG